AUGUGCAGUAACGCCUCAUUACCGGGUGACUUGAACGAGCUAGAUGUUAAAACCACGGACACACUGGAGGCUCACCGGCCCAUUAAAAUCGGGAUCAUUUUGGUUCUGGGUGUUAUGAUUACUUUGGGGAACGUGGCCGUGGUGUCGGUGAUUUACUCCGCGGUACCGGGAUGGUCGAGGAACUCGCGGUAUUUUUUAUUAUCGUUAACCGGCGCGGACUCGGCGUUCGGUUUGAUCGUCAUGCCGCUGAACCUGUGCGUGAGCCUGUUGAAGGACUACAGCGACGAGCCCGACCCGUUCUGUCACGCCGUGGCCUUCUUCAACGCCACCGUUUACUCCACGUGCAUGUACACGCUGGCCAGCAUCAGCCUGGAGCGCUAUGUGGCCGUGUUUUACCCGUUGCAGUACACCACCAUGCUGACCCGGAGGCGCGCGCUGCUGCUCAUCGCGUUCGCCUGGCUCUUCCCUCCGGUUCUGCUCGUGCCCAUCUCGUGGCCAGAGGGCAUCAUAGACGUGCACUUCUCCACGGCAUCCCUGGUAUGCAACCCGUCCUACUCCAGUAACGUCACGUACUCUCUGACCCUCACCGGCUUCAUCUUCUUCCCCUGCUCGGCUCUCAUGACCUUCUGUAACCUCAGGCUGUGGUUCGCAGCCAGGAGGCAGCGGAGGAAGUUGAGGAAGCGCGCCUCCGGUCGAUGGACUCGACCGGACGUAGCUUCGCGGGUGCUCGUGCCCGUCAUGACCGCCUACUUCACGUGCUGGACCCCCUGCAUGGUCAUCAUGAUCUACACCGCCAUAUCGGGCAGCGGCGUUCCAGAGUGGGUGGAAUUUGUGGCCGUGUGGUUACCAACGUCCAACGGCUUCCUCAACUGCAUCUUUUACUUUUGGAUCAAUCGGAGCUUCAGGAGAAAAUUCCACUGCGUCCUGCAGAGGCUGUGUUUUGGGCUUUGUCCCAACACCAAACCGGUACACAACUCUGUGAUGGCUACUUUAAAUAACAACACCGUACAGGAGAGGUCUUCCAGCGUGUCGUCUACGUGCACUUUACUCCCCGCCGCUGUCGAGACGUACAUCUGACAGCCAGGAACCAAGCCAGCUCGUGAAAGAUCUAAAGCUGUGAAAGACUUUCUCUGACAUUUGGGGAAUCGGGGAGGAUCACUGGUAUGAUUCAUUUUCAGCCUCCAUAGUCAUAAAUUUUUACUUUGUUGGCAAAUUGUGCCUUUUUUACAUUCACUGCACUUCUGCACUGUAAUUAUUUCAUCCCUGUUUUUUUUUUUUAAGUCACCCGUAGACUUCAUCAUCGUCUUAUUUUAAGCAUGUCGUCUAAAUUAAACAGAAUCAAUGCGGCAUUAUCGUCGAGGAUCCAAUUUUUCCCCGAACGUCUUGUUUUCCUGCUAUAAUAAUCCAUAUUGCCUGGAAUUGCACCUCAAUUAUUUCCCCCCUCGUUUUAAAGUUCAUUCGACUGCAUAAUGAAAGUUGUGUUCUGUCAGAUUUUAUCAAUAUGUCAACAGCCGGCAGUACAAAAGGUUAACCUUUAUACAAGAGGAAAGUAAUUAGGCACUUAACGUCAUGUAAAGGGCAGCUCAGCGACGUCUGUCGGAAAGUCGGCCGUAUUGUUUUUCCUUUUUUUCCCCCCUUCUUCAUUUGGUAGAGGUCCACAUGCCCUUUAUCUACUCUCCUGUUUUAUGCACAUACUCUGAAUUUAAUUCAAUUACUUAUGACUGUGUUAAGGGGAAACAUUUCAUUUUCUGGCACUAUUUUUUGUAUACACUAAGAUCAUGCCUAUGUUGUAAAAUUGUAAUAUUUUAAAAAAUACUUUCGGCAGCAGCUUGUCAUGGUGGUGCCUUUUCGUUUUGUUAAAGGAAGACUAGAGGCCCGUUAAUGUCUCUGUAAUUA